AGUAAACAAAUCCCAGGACCCCCUCACUAAGCGUGAGCUAGACAUGAUACUCCCAUUUAUCAAGAAUGUCAAGUUCUUUAAAUAAUGAACAAUUCACUGAGUCUACUCUAUGAAGAAUCUGAAACAUAAUGAAAUACGAAUUCUUAAGAAAAGAUCAGAAAGUAUUCACGCUUAAUUCAAAAGCUGAUGGGCCUGGAGAGUUUGGCAUAGAAGGAUAUGGUCAGAAAUUUUAUAUCAUUCUUCAAGGAGAAGUCAGGAUUUUGGUCCUGGAUAAGGAAGAAAUUGGUAAAGAUGAAAAUGGAGAGCCGUUGACGAAGUUUAAAAUGAAGCAGAAGGUUGUUGAAAAGGCAGAGAAAAUGCUUGAUAAAGAGAAUUUUAAAAUGCUUAGGAGGAUCUCUCUGAUCAAUAAUGAUGCAAUAAUUCAGAAUAUUAACUCAAUAGUAGAAGAUUUGACAGGUAAUAAAUCAUCAGGCCCCUCAUCUCCAAAGAAAGUGAAAAGCCGCUUCCAAUACCCCUCUCAGUCCUCUGCAAUAAAAUAUGCCUUUAAAUUAUAAGAAAAUCAGUGCAACAAAAUACUCAUAAAUGGUACAAGCCUGAUACAAAUGAAGAAGAAAAAGCUAAAAACGCUAGGAAGAGAAACACAGAGAAACCCAUAAUUAAAUAAAAUGUCCUCAAAAUUACUCUAUCAGGCUGCUAAAUAAGCUAAAUUUUGAGGACAAGAUGAAAUUUAUUUAUAACCCAGAUGACCCAUAUGAAGGGUGAUAUAAGGAGGUUGCAUGCCAAAAAGUAGGGGAAUAUUUUGGGGAGUUAGCCCUCCUCUCUUCGAAGCCUCGUGCUGCGACUGUUCUCUGCACUGAAGACACUCAAUUUGCUAGUAUCUCUAAGAACGAGUACCAAGAUAUCAUAGGAAAGAUUCAUAAGAACAUAGUUGAGGAUAAGAUCAAGAUUCUUAAAGAGAUUCCAUGUUUAGCUCAUUAUUCCAAACAAUUUCUAUCGAAAGUAUCUCUAUCUUUACAAGAAGUGAGCUACAAAAGAGGGAACACCGUAUUCUCCCAUGGAGAUCCUUGAAAAUACGUGUAUAUCGUUAAAACUGGAGAAUUUGAGAUGUUCUCACAAAUAGAGUCUGAUACCCCUGUCCAAGAACAUCCUGUAAAGGGUCAAUCUGAUGAGACUCCAAUCCAAAGACUGAGGAAAUUUUACAAAAGUGCGAGAUCUAGGAGUAAAUCAAAGGGCAAAUAAUGAAAUAAAGGUAGUCAUUCUUACAGAAGGCCAACUCUUUUUGGAAAAAUAGAGCCCUUACAUUAAAGAAUCAACACCAUAUGAAUACUGUCAGGUGUUCGUCAGCUGAAGGACAGCUGUAUCGUAUUAAGAAAAAUUUGUUCAUCUCAAAUGUUAAACUUAGUGAAAAAGCUUGGUUUAUACUUAAGAAAACAAUCCUUGAUAGAGAAAAGAGCAUUAACAAAAGAGUAUCGACCAUUAGACAUGUUUAUUCCCAACUCUCGAUUCAUAAUUCAGAGUUUCAAGAAUACUCUAAUCUGAAAGAGGAAGAAAAGAUUGAAAAUAAAAUACAUCCAGGUUCUACAAAGCACAAUAAUCUUUACAAUACAAAUUCUAAAUCCUUAAAGAGAGUUCAAUCCUCAUGUCUUGUCAAAAGGCAGAAGCAAACCUCUAAAGGCCUCCUCUCAAACGCUGUAAAGAACAUGCAUAUUCCCACUACUUCUGAAAAAUAUACUAAUAAAGCUAUUGGAGAUGUAACUCAUGAAUGAAUUCAGCUAAACAAGAAAUUCCAAAUUUCUCAAAAUCCAUAUAAAUCCUUAGAUAGUAGUAAUAUCAAUUCCAGAUCAAAGAGUUCUAAGAAGCCUAACACUUGACAGCCAAGUGAGAGAUACUACAAGAGAAAAAAGGAGUCUAGGAUGGCUCAAAGACUGAACCAGAGGAAAGGCUCUAUUACUGAUAUAAAAAUGAGGAGAAGCCAAAAAUAUUCAACAUUUUACAGACCCUCUUCCCAAUCGAUCCCUUUCCAAGAACCAAAUAGGGACAUGCCUCCUUGAUAUGGCCAGAAAAGCAAUUCCAUAACUUUCACCAAAGGAAUCCCUCGUAGACAAAAGGCAAAAUCCUCACUAAAAAUCCUCCUAAAAUCCCCAGACACCGCUAACUUCCCCCAAUUCUUCUCUUCCCCGUCCAAAAUCCUCCCCAACACCAGUCACCCCAACGAGUCCAAAUCCUCCCUCCUCUACAGACCCAGCACUCGCCAGACCAAGACCGUUCUCAGCAUCUACAAGUCCGUGCCUUUCCAACCUGACCAUGAGUCCAAGACCCGCUUAUGUAGGGCCAGGCCCUACUACAAGCCAGUCGGGUUUUCAAGUAAGGCUCUUAGUAGGAACAAGAAGGACUUGACUGUGGAGGCCAACAGUGUCCUGGUCAAGCACACUGAAGGGGCUCCUUCAGGGAAGCCUGAAGGAGAGAUCAGCGUGAUGGAAGAGGAAGAAAUGAGUAAAGUUAAGGGAAGAAAUGUGUGGGCUAAGGAGAAAGGCAAGAGGUCAAGUGGGAAGUUUAAUCCUAAUUUCUCGUUUGCGUAG